UGCUGAUUUGUGAAUGCAGGGGUUGAUCGGUGGGGAAAUUUCCAUCGACCGUGGCCAGUCCAGAUGGGCUAAAUAUCAAAUCAACGGCGCUCAGGGGCGCUCAGGGACGUUGGCGUCUGCUUCCCAUUCAGCGCCAGCCAAGCACGCCCUGCGCAAGCGCGAUCGCCCAACCCGACGCCACAUCUAAACACCUAACGGCGUCAUUCCUGGCGCCGACGACGACGAAGACGUGGACGUAUCGAGAACGCCCCAGCGCCAGUUUUGAGCGUGAUGCAAAAGAUGGGGUUGCCGCCCGAUGAGAACCUCCCGGAGGUGGUUCAGCAGCGGCCGAUGACGGGCGUGUCGACUCUCCCAGAAGUGGUGCCCGAUCCAUCACCAGAAGCGGCCCCGCAGAUGUACUAUCAUGAGUCGGGCAAGUAUCCCGCUCAGUACGAUGACGCGCCGAAACUGCCGCACGAGGAACCGUCGCCGGUGAUGCAGAUGGCCGGGCAGCCAUACGACCAGUACCAGCAACCGUGGCACGGGGCGGGAAACCCAGCCAGCGCCAUAAGCCCGGAGAGCUCUGUGCCCUGGCAAUCGUUCCCUGCCGGCGAUGGCGACGACCGCACGUUCGUGGGCAGCGGCCCGGCGCCGGAGAAGCGCAUCUGCGGACUACGCAAGCGUGUCUUCAUCAUCGUUGCCGCCAUUGUCGGCCUUGUGAUCGUCGUGGCGGCAAUUGGAGGGGGUGUGGGCGGCGCGGUGGCAGCAAGAAACAGCCAAAACUCAGCGGACGAGGCGGCGGAGGGGGAUACAUCAUCAACAUCGGCCUCCAGCUCCAGCGGCAGCAUCAGCGCUACAACCACAACAACUAGAUCAACAUCCACUUCCAGCGCGCCAACGCCCACCAUUACAGACCUCAUCAACCAGACCGACCCGUCCGUUUUCAAGAUGUUUGCCUUCCAGGCCUGGGAGAAGCCCGACUUCAAGGGCAAGUCGACCGAGGUCUACGUGGAGGAGGGCUUCUUCGACAUCAACUUCACCGCCACGAGCUACAUCUGGCUCCCCAACACCACGAACUGCUGCGUUACUUUCUGCGCGAAUGAGGCGAAGUCCCUGGGGUAUUAUUGCGAUCCGCGGAGGAGGAACGAGUCUUCGGAGGGCUUCCCGCGCUUCUCGCUCUGGUGCGGAAGGAAAGAUACCAGCAUGCAAAAGAGGUGCGCACAAUAGAAUGCGUUUUGCGGGCGUCGUUUACUUGUGGUUUUACUUUUUGCUUUUUGUCGAGCUGCGUUUUGGGAUGAUACCUCUCAGUUUGCUGGGGAUAAAUCAAGCUGCACGGAUGGGUGGGAACGGACAGGGGCUGGGCUUGUUUCUCACGUCAGCGGGUUACGUACGUAGUAGUAUCUUUUGGAGGACCA